UAGACAAAGAGAGGGUGAAUGGAUAAUUUAAAAGAAAGUAGAAGGACAAGAUAUAUACGUUUUAGUCCAUAUUAUGACAGGACUUGUAUCUAAAUGGGCCACAGAGGAGCCAUUAGUAGAACAAGCGAAGAAACAAGAUAACGUCCAUCUGAAAAAGGACAAGAAGGAUACACCUUCACCUUCAAAAUCGGUAGUUAGUGAUAAAUCCAAGCCAUUAGAAAGUAAAUGGGCACAUGCCGAAUUAGAACCAGUGAAAUCAGACUUACCUACUCCUCCAUCUUCAAGAGAUGGACAUGCAAAGUCACCAAGUAGAAGAGGAAGAAGAGACAGUAGAGGUAAGAGAGGGGGCCAUGGACAAGGACAAGGACAUGGACAUGGACAAGGACAUGGACAAGGACAAGGACAUGGACAAGGACAAGGACAUGGACAUGGACAAGGACAUGGACAUGGACAAGGACAAGGACAAGUACAACGUAGAGAUCAUACAAAUGAUAAUGAAGAACAAUUGCCCACCAUAUCAAAGGCAGGAUUAUCAUUGGCAUCUAGAUUAGGAGCGGUUCCAAGUGCAAGUUCAGAGAAAGGUCAACAUAAAAAACAACAAAGCAAUCGUCGUGAGAGCUCGAAGUCUCAUAGAGUACAGAAUGACGAUGACUACGAAGACAUUAGUUCCGGCAGUGAAGAAGAACACGAUUCAGAACCAUUGCCAGCAAUGGGUGCAGCCGGUCAAUCAUUAGCAUCUAGAUUAGGCCUAGGACCAAAACAAUCAAGCCAGAAUCCAAUUAAAACUAAAUCAACUCCACAAACCAAUUCUCAAUCUUCUUUAAAUUCAAAUGUGAAACCUGGAAAAUAUAUGACGCCAAGACAGAAACGUGAAGAAGAAGAGAAACAACAUAGACUUAAGAAACAACAAGAAGAAAGAGAAAUACGGGCAAAGAAAGAUAAGGAAAAGAGAGAAAGACAAAAAAUUAUCGAUCAACAAGAAAAGGAAAAACAAGCAAGAUUAAAACAAGAAGUUUCUGAGAUGUUUAGUAAACUUACCGACAAACACGCCAAUUGGGCAGAUUUAGCAGAUGAAGAAUCUGAUUAA